AUGUUGCGUCUUGAUACACCAGGGAACUCUUCUCUUGUCGAUAAGGUUGUAACUAUUUUGGAGUUUACGGGUCACUUGAUUGAACACAGCAUCUACCGUUACCUGUACGGCUCUUGGCCUCAUAUUCUUGCUCUGUUUGGUUCGUCUAAUCUUGACGUUCUACUUGCUGUUCUUGGAUUGUCCUACAACUUUAGCAAGCGGAGCAAUUUCUUCAUCAGGCUUGAUUCCACAAAUAAGCAGAUGAUUCUUGAACGUUUGGUCUCAAUUGCUGAAACUUGGGGUGGAGUGGAAAAUGGAUUUGGACUUGCCGAAUGUUGUGACCCAAAGCAUUUCCCAGAGACUGCUGGAAAUGUUUAUUUCGAAUACAGACCAGACCACGGUGGUCGGUCGUCAGCCCAUCAAAAUCCAGACGACCAAUCGACGUCUUCAAAUACUUUGGGAACUAUUGUCCUUCAGGCUCUCCAUCGCAGAAACCAGUCGCCAUCAGAAAUAAUGGAAGAACUGUUGGCUCAACAUCCAGUACCUGUAUCUCGUCAAAUGGCUCUUUUCUCUCGAGUUCGACUAGCAACCUACUUUUCAGAGCCUACGCAACGGCAUAAAUGUAUACGCGCUAGACUGCAAGCGCUAUCUAUUUUGUCAUAUACUUUCGAAGUCGACGAACGUUAUCUGUAUCCUAGCUUGUUAGAUGAACUUGUUGAAGUACUUGGCUUACCAGAUGGUCAGUAUAUGGGCAUCAAAGCAUGUGCUCUCCGAACAUUGACUGCUAUAGUUAAUUCUCAUCGGUGGGGCAUAAAUUGGGGUUCGUUGGUUGGAUCCACUGGAUUAUCCAGUUAUCAUGGUAUUUUACCUAAUCUGACUAGAAAGUGGGUCCAAGGACUUGUAGAUGGUUCUAUUAAAGCUCCUGCUGGAAGUACAAAUCAGCAUUUCACAACUGCUUUAUUGUCUUUCUUAUAUCACUUAGCUUGUUAUGAAGAGAACGUGGGUCCAGGAAAUACACAGAAUGCACCGCUUAGCUCUAGUGGUGUCUUGGACACAAUGAUGCAGCUUAUCUCCUGGCAUUCACCACAUAAUGAUUAUUUAAGCUAUGUCACCAGAGCUGUCCGUGUGACUGAUCAAAUCUUGAUGAGUAUUUCUUCAAGUCGUCAACAUGUUGUUGGUAUUUUGGUUGACAGACUGAGUUAUGAAGUGGGAGUUGUUCUUCAAGGUGCAUCAACGUCUGCAGAUAAAUCGGAUCACUCUGAUGGUGAACAACCUUUGAAUACACAGCGUUCUGGUCUCAUGAAAUCUAUACUCAAUCUACUCAAACGUCUUUGCUUGGACUCAGAAUGGGGUGAAGUGUUGCACUCAGUUAUGGAUGAUAACCUUCCCAAUGUUUUACGUCAGAUUUUCCUUAAUGGUUCCAGUCAUUUUACUCCACAUCUAUCACUUUUUGCCAUGGAAACAAUUACUAACUAUUUGUAUACCUACCCAUCUCGCAUAUCAGCUAUGCAGGAUAAAAAUAUUACAACAGAUAUUUUGAAAGCUCUAACGGAACAACCACUGCCGCAAAAUCGUGAUUUUCUUGUACAAUUACCAGCACUAUUAAAUACUUUGGCAUUGAAUUCUCGGGGUAUUGAAGCAAUUCUAUCAAGUGGUGUAAUUGGUCGUUAUCUGAACACUUUAGUUUCACCAGAAUAUUUGUCAACAAUGAAAACUAAGCGUGUUCGUGACUUUAUGUCACAAAUACCGUAUGAUAUGCAUUGCAGUAUGGGACAGAAUUUGUCAAACAGUUUGACAGCUAGUCAAAUGAGUAAUGCUGUUCAUGAAUUACUUCGAUCGCAUUCAGAAUUGAAACCUGUUGUUUCUAAAUAUGCAAUUUCUUGUCUACGUCAUGUUGUGAAUCUUGGCAAAACACCAGCAACAUUAAUAUCUGAAAGUAUGUCAUGUGGUGGUCCUAGUCAUUCAAGCUUAGUGUCAGAUUCCACACGAAGUACUGAUGGUUCCAGUUGGCCUAUGUCAACAGCUGAUGCCAGUGAACCACAACAAUCGGUACAGGGGUCUUCAGCGAGUACUAGUCAGCCGCCUAGCACAGAUGCUCCUUUAAGUUUGAGUAGUAUCCAACGUUCUCUUGCUGCGGCUGAAGAUGAUGCAGUUAUGCUGUCCGGCGGUGAAGAUGACGAUGAUGACUACAACAGUGAUAGUGAUGUUAAUCAAGACAGGCAAACGAAUACUCGUUCUGCUACUGUACAAGCUGGAAGCAUUGCCUCCGAUAGCGUGAUACCCAUGGUCAGUUUAGAAACGUCUGUCGAUUGUAGAAGAGUGUCAGUCACAGAAGACACCUCUAACAAAAGUCGUACAGAAUGUCUCCCUGUAUCACCAAACAUGUUUUUAUCCGACUAUAUGCUAAAUAUGUGUAAAUUUCUUGAGAAGCCGUUAGUAUUUGUAUCACACACUACACAGACAAUGUGUCCACAGUUUGUUAGUCAAGGUGGCCUACAAGUCCUCUGUGAUCUACUUCGUAUGCCUGGCCUACCGUACGAUUUUCCAGUUUCUGCAACUUGUGCUUCGUUGUGUAAGAUUUUUGAAGAUCUAGCAAAUUCUGUAGAUUUAAAUGAAGUGACAAAACCGUUAUUUCAAUGUUUAGAGUCGUCAAUGGAGAAAUUGUGUUCACUACACACCUCCAAUUAUCCGAUGACUUCCAUACUUCUACGUGAAUAUCUAUCUGGGGAACACGAAAUGCUCCACGAGUUGGUGAUAUUAGCUUCUGUAAUCUGCAUUCUAGUACAAAUGAUACAGCAUAUUAAACCUGUGUUCCACACAUCGUUAGCUUCUGUAUGGUUACAACAGAAUUGUUUAUACACAUUAGGGCACCUAUAUUUAGGAGUUUCUUGGGAAGCUGCCAUCAUUUUAAAAGUUCUGUUUGGUGAUAAAGAUAUUAAUGAAUCUGAUCUGUUGCCAAGUGAAACAAAAACAUCUCAAAUGUAUGUAUCUCAGCAACAUCCAAAUCCUAGCAUGUUGAACAAACCACCUAUCGAACCAAUGCCUCGGUUUGUUGAAGCCUUGCAUAUGUAUUCACUGAUCAAACAGUCGGUUUUGCCUACUACCGACUAUCAAUCAACGUUUAUAUACAGACAUCCAGACCUUGUCAAACCACUCAAUCGGAUAUUACACGUGACAGCGUUUCUUGUGAACUCUGUUACAGAAUUGUUCACCGCUUUAGGUAGAUUCUUUUCAAAUCGUCCACAGGUCAACUAUAGACGUCGGCGAACUUCACUGUUUUCAAAUGAUUCAAUCCACCCUGAAAUGAGAUUGCCGGCUUUAAUUCAAGUAGCCGAUAUUCUUUCGCAUGCAUACACCUGGGAACCGGCAUCAACGAGUCGUAGUCAUAAAGCAGCCGCAUCAUUAAAUUAUGCUAUUCGUUAUGCAUCGAUUCAGUUGACUAAUCUAUUGUUGCAUGAUUCUAGUCAAAGAGAUUCUGACUUGGGCAUGAUUAAUGCCUUCUAUAAGCUGAAUGGAAUAAAUCUUUAUUUUGGAUUAUUCCGUCAACUGAUUAGUUUUGAUUUGGAUGAUCCGUCGAUUCGAAAACCACUGUCGAUGGUCUUAGAAGAAUGGCUUGUCUGUGCCGAUCAUAUGAGUAGUACAAAAUUUUGUGCUGGAUUUAAUUCAGAGGCUUCACGAGCAAAUGAUAUUGAUGCCAAUAAUGUUAAUGUGGCAAAAAUUACUACACGUGUUCACCAGUGCAUGCUACCAGCACUUGCACAGUUAUGCUCUCGUACAGAUUUACAGGAUUUACUCAGUCGAAAGGCUGUUGAACAUUUACUCAGUAUGUUGGUUACAGUAGUACCAUGUAUAUUUAACAAUGAGAAAGUUGCCAUGGAUACUGACUCUCCUUCCACCAGUGCUGUUCGUCCAUCUGAUUCGAACAACACUGACUCUGGUAAUCAACCACUAGCUAGUGUUCUUGAAGAUGAGAUGUCUUCCACAGCACAACCUAUUCAGUCAUCUGAAACAACUGAUUCAGAGGCAAAUGUUCCACCUAACACUGAACAACGGAAUGAAUUACCCAUGGAUGUCUCUGACACAUCUUUAGAGCAAUCUCCAGCGUCUACUACGACUGGUCUUACUGCAAAUCCACUCAUUGUACCUCGUACUGUACUCCAAAGGCCAGACCAGUCACAAGCAGCAAUUCAAAUGACAGUUGCUUCGUCUGUAGAGUCUUCAGUGGAUAAUAAUCCUUCACAAGUUAUGGAUUCUCAAGAGUCAUAUCUAGCUGAUGGUGACAGUAAUAAUAUUGAUGGUGUUGAGGAGGGUGUACGCGAUCCUGACGCUUUACGUUUGAUGGAAGAGAUGGGCUUUGAUUAUGAUUUGGCUAUGGUUGCUUUGGAACAAACGGGAUGGAAUACAAACGAUGCAGUAAAUCUUAUGAUAGCGACUCCUCCAGAGGACUUAAUGCGCAAUGCGAUUCCACCUAUAGCUGCUGGUUUGAGAAGAGUUCGACCACCUCGUAGAAGUCAACGACAUCGGAUAGGUGGUGGUGGCACAGCAGGGGAAGUUGGUGUUGGGAGUCAAUCCACUUCAUCGGAGACCAGUAUGGAUACUACAGGAAUUCAGUCUAACGUGUAUGAACAUCUAACCGAAUUUAUUGACAAUCUAAGUACCAUUGAUCGUUUAGAAACACUCAUGAAUACAGACGAUCCCACCAUCACGGGUAGUGAAGUUACCUUGCCUACAAAUAGUAGUCUCAACUUGAAAGAUUUAAAGCGACCUUCUGCCUAUAAAUUUCCCCUUGUUAUGCUUGAACCGUUUAACGAAAAGUUGUACAAUGAAGCUCGAGAAUCACUGAAACAAAAUGUCUUCAAAACGUGUUAUGCUAUAGCUAAACGUCAUCAUUCAGAUCAGAUUCUACAUCAAAUCGCUGAAUUAUUCUUAUCCAGUGGUGAACAUGAACGAUAUAUUAAUGAAUUAUUCGCCGUUGUCAUCUCUAGUCUCGCGUCAUAUCUUCGUAUUUCACCCAAUACAACUACUGUCAACAGUAAACCAUCUGAUGUGUUGUUGUUAAGCUCUGAGAAUCCAGAGUUUGUCAAUCGUGAUACUGAGCACCAGACUGUUGGGUUACACUUACUUGUGCUUUUAUUCACUCGAUGUCCAUCAGUGUGUGCUUCUUUAGCAUGGAGUUAUAAACUACCCAGUAUGCUGAUAGAGUUUAUUUGUCAAUCUGAAGUGAUUAGUAAACCGAUUGUCGUCGGCAGUGAUAAUGCUGGUGUUGGUAGUUCACAUGGACAUAGCAUGUGCGUGGAGAUGAAUGAUGCGGAAAGUGGCUCUUCUCAAGGUGUAUCUUCUGUUUCGUCAUCAAAAACAGACUAUUAUAAAACGUUAACUUUAGCUUUUCUUAUAUUGGAUCAAUAUGAAAAAAGCAUUCAGGCUAUGCGUCUACGCCAGGAAAGCAUUAAACUAUACGCUUCUUCGCAUAACUGGUAUUGGUUCGAUAAUCAAGCAGUACUUUGGCAUCCUUAUGCUAAUGAAAGUAUGCGAGUUAUCGAUAAACGUUUUCAUAGAGGUGAUUUAUUCGCCUCCUAUGAUGUUAAUCGAAGACCAUAUACUGUUGAAUUCCCUACAAUGACACAACGCAAUCUUGUCAGUAUGCAUAGACGUCCAGUACUCCUAUUCCCAUCUACUCCAAAGGAUGGAGAAACAAAUACGGAGACUUCAACAACGGAUCAGAUGUCCCCCUAUGAACUUAGCCUAAUGAACACAGAAGUACCUGAAUGUUUAAAUCCUGUAGAACGUUCAAAGCUAUGCCAAGCAUUAAUACAACAUUUCCGUGCAUUGAAGAGAACACCAUCUACUGCUACUACACAAUCAAAUGCUUCAUUGUCGUCAUCGUUCACUGAUACUAAUAUGCCUACAUCAUCUGAUCAGCAAACACCUCUUCCAUCGGAUUGUUUAAAUGCUAUGUUCAGAUUGCUGCUACGCUUAUGCUUUACAAGCUAUGAAAACGCCAGGGAGUUAGCUGAAUCUGACUUCUUAACAGUAUUAUUCACCUAUCCGCAUGCUAAGGAGUUUUCAGCUGAUUAUUCAGCAUUUGUUGGUGCUCUUAUAUCCGAAGUAUUUGAUGAUUCCGCCACUUCUGAGAGAAUAAUGAAAGAAAUUUUGAGUAAAAUGUCAAAGUAUGGUAUACCUAGCGCCUUCAUGGGAAUUGAAGCUGGUCCAAGAUCAUGUCGUGAUUUGUUUUACCUGUUGAAUAUGUGCUCACCAUUGUUUGCAAAGGAUCGUCAACGUGCUAUGAAAUUAAUGUCAGAAACAUUUAGUCUAUCUAUACCUAAAACAGAUUUAGAAACUAAAUCCUACCCAAAAACAUACACUGUCGAAGAAGCUGGUCCUAAUUCGGAACGAUCUACAUUAUUUCCACUUACUAGUCGACAAAAACACUUGCUAACACAAUUAAUGGAUUUGAUAAUGUCUUCAACAGUGUUGAAAUCAAAAGGAGAUUGUCGUUCAUCGUCUACUACAACUGGAGUAGGAACAUAUCUUGAAGACACAAAUGCACGUGGUGAUGAUUCGUUCACUUCUAUGACGGCUCCACUGGAUCCUACAUUGAUAAACACAAUGUCUCCUGCUUCUAGUACAACAACAGUUAAUUGGGGUAGCUCUAGUACUACUACUACUACUACCACGACAACUGGUCAGUCGUCAAGUAGUACCUAUGGUCGUCAACAUCCUGGCUUGACAAUAAGCACAACAACCGCUAAUCCACAACAAUCAUCAAUGCCUUGCAGUGAUGUGAAUAAACAACAAAAGACCGGUUUAAUUGUUCUUGGCAAAUUAGAUGCUUUGCGAUAUUUAAUUGAUUUAGUUGGCACUUAUAAAUCUGUUGCUGAAUUUAUUGCAAUGUACAAACAUAAACACGCUGAACACCACCACCACCACACUGUUGCUGGCAAGUCGACCACUACUGACACCUCGUUGUUGUCGUCGCCAUCGUCCUCCGCCUCCGCCUCCUCCUCCUCUCCAAAAUGUUCAUUUCUAUCCUAUUUAUUCAGUUAUCAAUUGACUGAUCCUACAACUACUGAGGUUACAAUGUCCUUAUUAGAAAAUUUAAUUAUCAUUAGUAGUGAAUCUGUUCAACGGUUGAUAAUUAAUGAAUUCAAAGCAUCACUUAGUCGUAUCGGUGUUAAAUCUUUACCAUCAUCAUCAUCAUGCGAUGAUAUCAAAUCAGAUAGUGUCUCAUCAAUGAAAAAUGAUCGAAUCAGUUCACAUAUGAUGUUUUUAAUACGCCUACUCUCCUUACCAAAACCACUGGUUAUGCCUAUACUACGCCUAUUGUAUAAGCGUAGAAUUUCAGCAGAUAUUGGUAAAUUAAUUGCCAUAAUUGGGUGUAAUCUGUCGAAUACACAAUCGACAAUUAGUUAUAUGUUAAGAGCACUAGAAAAUUUCACUUUAGUCUAUCGUGAAUAUACUAAAUUGUAUUCUCAGUCGUCGUCGUCGUCUAAACAACAACAACAACAACAAUCAGUAGUAGGGAAUAAUUCUGUUGUUGUUGGUCGACAAGUCAACCCAUCUUCUACUACGACAUCAUCAUCUGCUGCUGCUGCUGCUGAUAAUGAUCAUAGUGGACCAGUACCAAGUAAUAGUGCUGCUGUUCAAUUAAUGAUGACUGGUAUUCAUGAUGAUGAUAAUGUUCAGCAUAGUGUUGUAAUUCAUGGAUCACCAACAACAAAUCCGCGAAGAAUUGAAGCAUCAAGCAUUAGUGGUGUUAGAGAUUCAGAGAUUCAGUCUGUUCCUGGAAAUAAUAACACUUCUAGAGAUUUUGAAACUGAUUCUGAUGAUGAUGAUGAAGAAGACGAUGAAGAUCAAGAGGAUAAUGAUAUCACUAUGUUAGUAGAUCAUCAAGAAGAAUUUUCACAUCCAGUAGAGAAUGUUGAAACAGCGUUUAGUGGUGGUUCUGUUGUUGUUGGUGGCGGUGGUGCUGGUGGGGCUUCUUCUUCUACUGGUUCCAAUCUGUCUCGUGUUCUUAGUGAUGUUUUGGCUGCUGAUAUGGUGGUAAUUGCUACAGAUCAUCAUCAUCAUCACGGUGAAAAUAAUGUUCGUCAACCUUGGCAUCGCGUCUCGAACUCAUCAGAUCCAGAGGCUAGAUCGGUGAUAUUUGUCUAUGAUGAUGAAGAUGAAGGCAGUUCUGGUCAAGGCGCUGAAGGGAACAAUAGUCAAGAUGAAGAAGAAGAAGAAGAGGAUGAUGAGGAAGACGAUGUUCUGGAGGCAGAAGAAGGAGACGAAGAAGAGGAUGAAGAUGACGAACAUGUCGACGAAGAGGAGGAAGAAGAUGAAGACGGUGAAGAUGAUGAUGAUCCUGAGGUAGAAGGCGAUGAUGGUGAUGAUGUAGAUGUUAGUGGUGAGGAUGACGAGGAGGUCGCGUUUGUACUCAGUAGAAAUCGUAGACCUAAUACUAAUCGAGUUCGACCUUCUGGUAUGUCUAGUCCUCAUCGACGUCGUCGUCGUCGUCAUCGAAUAGAUCCUGCUACUAUUUCUUUGACUGUUACUACAAGUCGAUCUAAUAACGAUCGUAAUAAUCAAAAUCCUGAAUCUCAUCAUAAUAAUGAUGACGAUGGAGAUAUGCAUGAUGAAACCGGCAAUAUUGUACUUCAUGACGAUACUCAUGUUGUGGACGCUAGAAGCUAUGAGGGAGUAGAUAUUGAUGAUUAUUCAGAAGCAAUACAGGACACUAUAAGAGAUGAUAUAGCCAUCAUUUUACCUGAGGUACGCGGAUCACGUGGAAGUCAUUCAGUGUCAACUGUUAUGGAACAAGCUCUCCGUCGAGUUGUCGGUCCCACUUUGAGUGCACUCGCAACUAACGGCCUUAGAGAUAUUGGAACAACUAGUUUAUCAACUAUCAGCCAGUCUAGAGGUGGUAAUUCAGGCAAUUGGGAUUUGCUUUUCCCAAGUUUUACAAAUUUUAUCGCCGGUGGUGAUGGUCCUAGACGUAGUGCUGUGGACAGUAGUAACUCUACAUUAUCAGGUGCUGCUGUUUUCCGUAUCAAUCCAGACGUGUCUGUAUAUGUGCCGGGAAACAAUGCUGGUGGUCGUUUUGGUUCAUCUGGUGGGAAUGUAGUUUCUUCUGCAAAUAAUCAGCUGUCUCAAUCUCCUCAGAUAUUGCCAACUGCUACAAUAGCUAAUCAACAUCCUUUGCUUCAGGUACCAACUGCUGCUAGUGCUAGUGCUGCUCCUUCAACGCAUAGUGUGAAUGUUGGAGUAUCUAGUCGUAACGCAGGUUCUAAUGGUUUACGUUUAACAGGCCGACCAAUAGUGACCAAUACUAUGUCAACCUCAAAUCGCGUAAUAGCACACUUACCACCAAUACCGCAACAACAUGUUCCACCACAUUAUGGCACCCGUCAUCGGAUAGCUGGGCCUCACCCUUCUUCCAGUAAUGGUGGAUGGCGUUAUCACACCGUAAUAAAUCGACUGUAUGGUACAGAAUCUGAUGUAGAUCAUGUAAUCUCAUCUGGUGGAUCUAACAGUCACUCUCGUAACCCAGUUACCAGUGAUGCUCGAGAUAAUCGUUCUGGACCUGAAGCUAAUGAACUCGUAUGGUCAAUGUUAACAAGUCUUGCAGAAGAUCAACCUUCUCCUGCUAAUUCUGCUUUAGCUGCAGCUAUCUUUUCUAGAUUUCUUUCACCGCUCAAUAGAAUUCAACAGGGAGUGAUGGAUGUUAGUUCUAGGGGGAUUAAUCAUGCCCAACUGAUUCCAUAUGCAGGAUACGCCCUACCACCUCACUAUCGACGAUGGAUUAAUCUUUGUCGAAUGUUAUUUGGGCAUGAAAUCAUGGAUAUUAUUCUUCUCAGUCGCCAUCAUAUUUAUAAAGUGCUUGAGGAAAGGCGUCAUGAAGUGUUCAAGCUACGUAUUGCCGAAAGCGAGGUGGCUAAUAGUUCGCCUGUAGUUACUAGCUCUCCUUGUGAGCCAACAGUUGCAGCUCCCGCGCUAGCAUCAUCUAAUAGCCAGCCCACUACUGAGUCUACUGAAACUUCUGUCACAUUUACUAAUCCAGUGGUCACUAAUGUGGUGGUAACUCUCGGAAAUUCUGAUAAUACAGGAGAUUCUCCAACAGAACGUACAACUACUGCUCAGGUUCCAUUGACUCCAGAUGUUGUAAGCCCGGCUGAAACGCUUGAAAUUUCAUCAAACAGUGAAGUACCUAGUACUGCUGACCAACACUUGGAAGAAUCAUCGAAUACUGCUACUACUACUACAGCUGGUCAGAGUGAAACUCAACCUGCAACUAGUACAGCAGAAAAUAUAUCUAAUCUUGUAGUAUCAAAUAUUGCACCAACUAGACCACCUGUAAUGAUGACUGACGAAGAAACUAUUCAAUCAUUAGUUGAAGGUGGAAUGGAUCCAUCCUUUUUAGAUGCUUUGCCUGAAGAAAUGCGACAGGAAGUAAUCGCUGAUCAUCGAUAUGCAAGACAAGUCCAGCAGCAGAUAAAUUCAAUGUCAUUACCGGAGCAUAUUAAUUCAGAAUGGUUGACUGGUCUUCCACCGCAUAUCCAAGAAGAGGUAUUGGCACAAUUUCGUCAAGAACAACAACAACGUCAGUCUUCAGCACAACCAACUACUCAGUCGACUAACGCCAAUCCAAGUGAACAACCUACUCAACCAGCGACUUCACAGAGUAAUACUGAUAGUAAUACAGCUUUCUUAGCUUCUUUACCGCCUUCAGUGCUACGUGAAGUGUUGGCUGACAUGGAGGAGUCACAGUUUGAAACUCUACCACAACACCUUGUCACUGAAGCUAACCGACUACGUCGUGAACAUGAAGAACGUUAUGCUCGUGCUGUUCAAAAUGGUCUUCUGUCUCAUUCGACUGAUACAAGACCUGAUCAUAUUUGGCGUAAUUUUACCACAGCGUCGGGAUUAAUCGGUGGACAUGGCCGAUGGGAUGUUCGAUUUAAUUCCAUCAAUCAGUUUCUACGACAUCUUGAUAGUGUUGGAGUUUCAUUAGGUUCAAAUAAUUCAUUAGCUGGUCGUUCAGCUGCAGGUAUAUGCGGUCGUGAAUUAGUCGAUCAUGAAGGAUUAACAUGUAUAAUUGUUGUACUUAUAUCUAUGUCAACAUGUUCUUAUCAUAAGAAACAUAUUGUACCAACAAUCAAAAGGGUUCUACGUAAUCUUGCGUGUCAUACUAAUACACGAAAUUGGAUUGUCAAUACCCUGAUAUCAUUAUUUAAUGGAUUGUGUGAAAAGCCAUUGUCGUCGCAUUCACGAUUGACUCAUUCUACAGACAAUUACGAAAUGAUAACCAGUUCAAGUGGUAUGAAUCAAUCGUCUUCUUUAAUUACAACAAAGGAAGGGGAAUUCGAUUAUUCUUAUAAAUCUGGAUCAAAUGCUAAGAAUAAUACCUUGUUUAAUGCUGGUUUUGAAGCUGCUUUAGGUUGUUGGGUUAGAAUUUUUCAUCCUAUUACUCAAAAUCCAACAGUAUCAUCAUCUAGUCAGUCACAGAAUGAGACUCAUACUGCUGUAGGCUCCUCGAAUUCAACCAAUCCCGUUCGAUAUAUUAUUCAUCCACAAGCAGCAGUUUCUGUUGCCGGUGUUCUCUUAGAAACACUGAAUGAAUUAACUCAAUCAUUCCCAUCGCAUUUCUAUCCAGCUGAAGCAUCCCAGAUAUCAGAAAUAACAAGUGAUGUGAAAUCACUGCCAUUUUCAUCGUCAUCAUCAUCUCGUGUGGGGACUUCGCAGAACACAGAUAUUCCUACUACAUCUUUCUGGGAUAUAUUCAGUCGACUUUCUCAAUCCAAUACAACAUCUCCUACUAACAGUACCACUGGGUCUACACCAACACGUCCUUCAAUCCGUCGAACACGAAUAUCGUCAAGAAAACGACCUCUGUCAAUUUCUGACAAACAGUCGAAUGAUUCACCUCAAGAGCCUACAUCUUCUUCAGUGAAAGUAUCUGUAAAUCCGUAUCAUUCAUCAUCUCAGUUAACUGCCAUGGAAACAUCAUUUACCACUGAGAAUACAGAAAGUGAAUCUGUCAAAGAAGCACACGAUGCUGCUAAGCAAAACGCCUCAAAGUCGGCACCAAAUUGUUUCAUUGCGCUAUCUGAAUUACUCUGUCAUCAAAUGUUACACGACCGUCCAGUGAAUCAAGAACGCCUGGUCAUAAUUCUUGCGGGUAUUGUGAAAGAUUUUCUGCUUAGCCGAUCACAUUCCGAUAUAUCUGUUGCACGGGCUUCAACGCAUCCAAAUAAUUUAAUCACGCCCACCACUACUGUCAACACACUGACUGACAAUUCAAAUCAACAGGACCCCACUGACAAUCCUGUAGACCAACCAACAACUUCAUCAUCUGUCACAAACACCUCACCAGCUACACCUGUCCCAGAAACUCAGUCAUCUGUUGUAUCAACACAUUCUACUACUUCAACUAUUGCAAGUCCACCGAAUGAUCUUAUGGAUCCCUUAAGACCACAUGUUAUUGAAGCUAUAUGCCAGUUGGUGUUAGCUCCAAAGUUUACUGAAAGUGCACGUGCUAUAACAUCACAAUUAUUAACUGAUCUUGCUCAGUCGAAUCACCUUAUGAAAGAGACAAUUCUACGUUUGUUAUGUAACACAGCUGGUCAAUUGAUAUCAAAAAUAUCUAUUCAAUUACAGAGUCUUAUACUUGAAGUCGAUAAUCGCUUGAAAGACGAACUACCUCUACAAUCAACUUCAAAGCAGUAUCAAAGUAGACCAUCUACAUCUCGUUAUCCACCAGACAUAAGUCGCAUUUCUUCCUAUGACAUAUUACCUGAUCGUUUUGGUUCUCCGGGUCAAAUGGUUGUUGUAUCAGGUGAAGCUCGUCAACAAGCGGCUGCUAAGUUCACUGAUCUCCAGUUAACUUCAUCAGAACCUUUCACAUAUCCUAACAAUGAUCAGUGUCGUCUUCGUGGUGUUUUAGGCCUAAUGUUACGCAUUGCAGCUGGUGAUAGCUCAUUAGUUGGAACAAAUUUAAUCUCUGUGUCAUCAAAUGAUCUUCUAAGCACUGUACCUGGUGUCACUGAAUUCUGGAAUUAUUUAUGUCAAGCUUUUGAACGACUACAAGCUUUAAAUGAUCAAAAUGCUGUUCUCUUAUUACAGCCUCUACUCGAAGUAUUUUGUUUAGCUCAUGUUCACUUGCUCAAAGACACUAUCCUGCUACGUCAACGUCCAACAAAUAAUCGAUCGAAUCGAAGCAAUUCCUGUUCCACUGGUGCAUCAAGUUUUAUUGACAUGGUGCCUUUAUUGCAUAUCUGUGUUGAUUCGUCAUCUCAAUCAGAAUUUGAUUCAAACCGAUCAUCAACUACUGAUCAUCUUGGACACUUGUAUUUCGAUUUAGGCGGUCCUCUGUCGCCGAGUGGUACAACUGGAGAGGAUGAAGAGUUAACAAUCGAAGGCUCCACAACCAGUUGUACACUUACAUCACAAAAUUCACAAUCUCGUAAUCCUAUCAUACAAUUUGCAGACAAGUAUCGUCGUGGAUUAAGUCAAGUACUUCGUCAGUAUGGAGCAAAUAUUGGUGAAUCACCGUUUGCUGUAUUCUUAGCCUAUCCUCGUGUGCUUGAUUUUGAUGUGAAACGUCGUUUCUUCCGACAACAACUUCAAUCACUAUCGAAUCGUUCAUCGUCUAGUAGUCGUCUUGAUGAUGAACCGAUAACAGUAUCAAGGGAACGUAUAUUUGAAGAUAGUUAUGCUAGACUUCAUAGAAAAUCUGUAAAUGAAUGGAAGCAUAAAUUUGUUAUUCGUUUCCAAAAUGAAGAAGGUCAAGAUGCUGGUGGUCCACUACGUGAAUGGUUUUUAUUAAUGAGUCGAGAGAUAUUCAAUCCAAACUAUUGUCUAUUCCGUGUUUCACCAGCUGAUCGUGUCACGUAUACAAUUAAUCCAAGUUCAUAUAUUAACAGUAAUCAUCUGUCAUAUUUCAAAUUUGUUGGACGUUUUAUUGCUAAAGCAAUAAAUGAUAAUAAAUUAUUGGAGUGCUAUUUUACACGAGCAUUUUAUAAGCAUAUUUUAGGUGUACCUGUUAAGUGUUCUGAUCUAGAAAGUGAAGAUUAUGAAUUCUUCAAAGGUUUAGAAUUUCUUCUAAGUCACAAUGUAUCUGAUCUGGGUUAUGAACUAACCUUUAGUACUGAGAUAAAUGAAUUCGGAAAGACUGACACCCGAGAUCUUAUUGAAAAUGGUCGAAAUGUACCAGUUACUGAAAGUAACAAAAAGGAGUAUGUUCGUCUUGUAUGUCAAGAACGCAUGACUGGUGCUAUACGUCAGCAGUUGGAUGCUUUCUUAAGCGGUUUCUAUGAUAUCAUUCCAAAACGUAUGAUUAGUAUCUUUAAUGAACAAGAAUUAGAACUUUUGAUCAGUGGUCUACCUAAUAUUGACAUAUCUGACUUGAAGGCGAAUACAGUUUACUCCAAGUAUCAACCGAAUUCACCACAGAUUGAAUGGUUUUGGCAAGCACUGGAAUCAUUUGAUCAAGAGGACUUAGCACGUUUUCUUCAGUUUGUUACUGGCACUAGUAAAGUCCCACUGGGUGGAUUUACAAACUUGGAAGGAAUGCAUGGCGCGACGAAAUUCCAGAUAAGUCGAGCAGCUAUAUCAAGUACUAGUCAUUUACCGUCUGCGCAUACUUGCUUUAAUACACUUGUAUUACCGGCCUACGAAAGCUAUGAACAGUUAAGAUCAAGACUGUUGAUGGCUAUACGUGAAUGUAGUGAAGGCUAUGGGAUGGCGUAAUUCGCCUGCUUUAAAAGGAAAAUACACAACUUUCUUAUCAUUCUUCUUCUCACGUGUGUGUUUUUGUCACCAAUACCAUACCAUCACCAUUACCACUGCUCCCCCCCUUUUGCCUUGUUCUUCUGUUAUUUUUUUGUUUUGUUUUCUGUUUUUUCUACUACUGAACAAUAAUGUUCAUUAAAAUAAAGUAAAAUAAGAUAAAAACCGGCAGCUGCACGGAUUUACUGUGAUGUGUGUAUGUGUCAUAGAGAUGAUGUGUGUUACGAGAGAGGGCUGUUGUUACUACGCACACAUGAAAGAAGAAUGUGUCUUAUACUGAAAAAAAAUGCAAAAAGUCGUGUUCUUUUGUUGUAUUUCACUUUCUCUAUAUAUACAUAUACAUCAUAUACAUCUAUCCAUCCAUCUAUAUGUUUCUACACACAUACACACUUCUCUUAGAUUGUUUUCCAUUUCAACCAUUUAUUAUCUAAAAAAAAUUCGUUUGAAGCGCUUUUUUAUAUACACAAACAAACACAUUAAAACAAUGUUCAAUUUUCAAUAAAUUCAAAAAAAAACAGGACGUAUAAAUUUCUUGUUGUUACUAUUAUUAUUAUUUUCUAUUUAUAUUACUUUUAGUUGUUACAAGUAUCUGAAACUCAACUAUCCCCCCCCACUUUCGUAUGUAAAGUCUUUUUUC